ACUCCUGAAAUGUUCAUGUCGAUACGUGAAACUGCGUGUAACUGCAACCUGCACGCCCGCCGCUGUCGUUUCAACAUGGAGCUGUACAAGCUGUCGGGGAGGAAGAGCGGGGGAGUGUGCAUGAACUGCCGCCACAACACCGCGGGACGCCAUUGCCACUACUGCAAGGAGGGCUUCUACCGAGACAUGGCCCGACCCAUCUCUCACCGCAGGGCUUGCAAGGCUUGUGACUGUCACCCUGUGGGAGCAGCGGGUAAGACAUGUAACCAGACCACGGGCCAGUGCCCCUGCAAGGACGGCGUCACCGGCAUCACCUGCAAUCGCUGUGCCAAAGGCUACCAGCAGAGCCGCUCCCCCGUCGCCCCCUGCAUCAAGAUCCCCGUGGUCAACCCCACAGCUGUGGUGAGCAGCACAGAAGAACCAGCAGACUGUGAGUCGUACUGCAAACCAGUGAAGGGCAACCUGAAGAUCAACAUGAAGAAGUACUGCAAAAAGGAUUAUGCGGUCCAAGUCAACGUGCUGGACAUGGAGACGGUCGGCGACUGGGCCAAGUUUUCGGUCAACGUCAUGUCGGUGUACAAGAGCCGCGGCGAGCCCCUGAAGCGCGGGGACAACAUCUUGUGGGUGCACAUGAAGGACCUGGCCUGCAAGUGUCCCAAGAUCCAGAUGAGCAAGCGCUUCCUGGUCAUGGGCGGCAGCGACGGCCCGGGGACGGGUACGGGAGGGGCGGGGCCCGGAGUGGGGCCGGGCGGGGGGACCUCCAACCCCGGGACGGAACGGGUGGGUCUCCUGGCCGAUAAGAACAGCCUGGUGAUCCAGUGGAGGGACGUUUGGACGAGACGACUGAGGAAGUUCCAGCGCAAGGAGAAGAAGGGGAAAUGCGGCAAAGCAUGAUGGGGCCCCCCGACCCCGCCGCUUUUUUUGUUGUUGUUUUCCAUCACGGGACCGCCGCACAUUACCAAGACUGCAUGUACCCUACAGUACCUGUUUAAGGACCACAUUUUGUGUAUAUUGUAUAAUUAUUGUCUUUUUCUAUUUGUCUUUCCUGUCCUAUUGGUUUGCCUUAAAAAGGGACCAUUAAAAAGGGUACCAAGUGGAGACACAAGCAGAUCUUGCCUUUGGAACCAUCCGCUCCGUUUACGACCCGCCCAGUUCUUCAGAAAGGAUUUUGAGACGAACCAGAACUCCAGUCCUGACGGCGGGAUCUCCGCCAUUUUUAAAAAAACAUUUUUUUUAAACCACUUGAGAAAUGUUUAUUUGCUGCUCAUUUUUUGUGACGGAGGAUUAGCAGGAACCGUUGACUCUACUCUUGUCUCAGCUGGGAAUUUUCCACAACAAACUGCUGCUGCCUCCAUGCUGGACUCAUGCAAGCUCUUCUUCUUUCUCUCCUCCGGAUGAUUCCCCGUGUCAUGUCCUAGACGCAACUAAACAACCGGACUAUUUAGACUGGAAAGUUUUUCGGCGAGUGUUCUGUAUUAUGACAUGGCGGUAUCACGUUUCAUCCCUCGUGUGCUUUCUGUUUGCAUGCUUGCGGUUAGCGCCGCAACCCUCAAGACGUAUCUCGCCCUCUCAUCCUUUGCCAAAUGACCAUAGUCGGGGGUUUCAAUGUGAUUAAGACGACUAUGGAAGUCAAGGCUCUCAAGAUAAACACAGAUUGGAGGGGUAGCCGGCGUCCAGCUAGCGAGCGCGCUGACAGCCACGUCAUGCGCGUUAGCGGCUGUUUGGCUGCGAGUUUGGUUUGUCCUUUCUCCAAGAGUGUCUCUCCCAAGCCAAGAACCCAGCCCCGCACCCCCCCUCAUGUUGUGUAUGGAGUGUUUUAGAUAUGUGACAGGUCUUUCAAGAAUGUAUGUCCGACUGUGAAGAACUCACUCAAAUGUGUGGAUUGUGUGAGUUAGCCCUAAGAAUGUCCAUGUCACGCCUCCAGAAAUAACCCCAACCAAAAUACAUUUGGAGCAACAACCGAUGCUUUGACAGCAUCUACUACUGUGGAACCUCCCAAGCCGAGGUGUUCUCUUUCCAAAUCAAUGUUUCCCAAUAGGACAUAAUGUACAGUGCAUUGGAAAACUACAAAAAUAUAGUAAAAUGGACAGAAGACUGGCCAAUAAUGGAGAGGGAACUGGAAAUGGUCUGUUGCAAGUAGGGAUGGGUACAUCAUUUGGUACUUUAAUGAGUACUCGCCGAAUUUUGUUGGUACUACCGGGUAUCGAUUUAAAGCUGAGAGAAAACGCUUAAAUGUACAGUAAGUCAACACUUUUCAAAAUGUGCUAGCUCAAUGCUAAUUAAUAUGGGAUUUGUUGCAGACAUGCUACAGAUUAGCAUUAGAGAUUUUACAUGGCGAUUUCUUUUUUUGCAUUUAAUUUUUGACAUCCAGCGUCAGACAGUCUUAUCCAUUACAUCAUAUUUACAUACAACAUAUAUCUGUUGUCUGCUCUAAAUGUCAAAAUAUGUUUUUGUUUAUAUCCCAACGAUGCCCCCACCCCCUCAAAAGAAAAACAGCAAGAAAACAAAAUAAUAUUUACAGAUAAAUCAAUUAAAUAAAGAAAAAAUAAAUAAUAAUAAUAGUAAUAAUAAAUUAACAAUAAUAAUCAGAAAUAAAAUUAAAAAAAUACAAGCAGAUAAUAGAUAGUAUUUUUUUUUUUUUUAAAGGGAUGGGUAUAUAAUUUGGUACUUUAAUGAGUACUGGCCGAAUUUUGUUGGUACUACCGGGUAUCGAUUUAAAGCUGCAAGUAUGCUUUAUAGAAAACGCUUAAACGUACAGUAAGGCUACACUUUUCAAAAUGUGCUAGCUCAAUGCUAAUUAAUAUGGGAUUUGCUGUAGACAUGCUACAGAUUAGCAUUAGAGAUUUUACAUGGCGAUUUCUUUUUUUUUUCAUUUAAUUUUUGACAUCCAACGUCAGACAUUCCUAUCCAUUACAUCAUAUUUACAUACAUCAUAUAUCUGU